AUGCAACGCGGAGACUCUUACGGCUAUUCGUCUCCAUGGACAAACUGCUUCAACUUGUACAAAUGCACUUUAUAUUUAUUUCUCCUUAGUCUGGAACUGAGGGCGGCCGUCUCAGAGGCCCCUGACCCGGAUAUGUUUGCGUUCUACCACGAGGGGGCGCAGGGAUGCCUGGGGGUGCAGGACUCCAUCCUGCAUGUGUCGGCAGCCUGUGAGGAGAGCAGCCAGCAGUGGAAGUGGGUGUCCCGCCGGCGGCUGUACAACGUGGGCGCCUCGCUGUGCAUGGGCCUGGUCGUGAGAAACAGCAGCGAGCUGGUGCUGGACGUGUACCGCUGCGACCGCGAACGCUGGAGCUGGAACUGCAAGCAGGUGCUGGAGGUCCUGAGCCAUUACCUGCCCUCCCCGACCCCUCCUCCCGGCGCUGGCCAGGAGCCCGCCCCGCCGGAGCCUGCCGGGGGGCAUCGCUGGAGGCUGAAUGGGGAUGAGCAGGACCCGUGCGCUAUGUCACAUCGCGAAAUCUACACCAUCCAGGGAAACUCAAAUGGCCGGCCCUGCAACUUUCCCUUCCUUUACGAUGGCCAGUGGUUCCACAGCUGCACCAGCAUAGGCCGUGAGGAUGGCCACCUGUGGUGUGCGACCACCUUCGACUAUGGCCAGGAUGAGCGCUGGGGCUUCUGUCCUGUCAAGAGCAGUGGCUGUGAGACGUUCUGGGAUAUCGAUCCACUGACUGAUAGCUGCUACCAGUUCAAUUUCCAGUCCACCAUGUCCUGGAAUGAGGCGCGUGUCAGCUGCCAGCAGCAGGGGGCAGACUUGCUCAGCAUCACGGAGCUGCAUGAACAGACCUACAUCAAUGGUCUGCUGACGGGAUACAGUGCCUCCCUAUGGAUGGGACUAAAUGACCUGGACAUGAAUGGGGGGUGGCAGUGGGCGGACGCCUCACCACUCAAGUUCCUCUACUGGGAGUCAGACCAGCCAACCCACGCUGAUGAGGAAAACUGUGCUGUGAUCCGCACCGAGACUUCAGGCCACUGGCAGAACCGGGACUGCAGUGUGGCCCUGCCCUACAUCUGCAAGAAGAGGCCCAACGCCACUCUGGACCCCUUCACCACUGACUCAUGGGCGGAUGAUGAGCACCGGGAGUGUGAGGUGGGGUGGCAGUCCUUCCAAAGGGGCUGCUACAGGCUGACAGCCGAGAAGAAGGACUGGCACGAGGCCCAGAAGACCUGCCAUAGGAUGGACGCCAGCCUGGUCAGCAUCCACACCCUGCCUGAGCUGGAGUUCAUCAUACGCCACUUGAAGAAAGAUGUGGAUGAGCUGUGGAUUGGGCUGCACGACACCAAGAUGCAGAUGAACUUCGAGUGGUCAGACCGCACCCCUGUCAUCUUCACCUACUGGCACCCCUUUGAGCCGAAUAACUUUCGCAACACCCAAGAGGACUGUGUCACGCUUUGGGGACCGGAGGGGCGCUGGAAUGACAGUCCCUGUAACCUCUCCCUGCCUUCCAUCUGUAAGAAGGAGGCUCAGAAGAUUGAUGAGCAGGCACAGGACCAUGGCUGCAAGUCGGGCUGGAAAUGGCAUAGCCCUUCUUGCUAUUUUGUGGGAGAGGAGCCAAUGACAUUCGAGGAGGCGAGGAAGAUAUGCAUGGCGGAUGAUGCUGCUCUUGUCACCAUCACUAAUAGGUUUGAGCAAGCCUUUGUGAGCAGCCUGGUGUAUGGACGGUCGAGUGAUUACUUCUGGACAGCCCUGCAUGACCAGAACAGCACAGGCACUUUCCGCUGGCUCAGCGGAGACGAGGUUACCUACACCAACUGGAACCGGGAUCAACCAGGGUUGAACAAGGGCGGCUGUGUGGCCAUGGCAACGGGCUUUGCCACAGGGCUGUGGGAGGUGAAGGACUGCCGCUCCUCCAAGGCCAAGUUCAUCUGCCGUCUGAAUCUGGAUGCAUCCCUGAGCCCUGAGCCGCCUGCCCCCCUCCCUACGCCCAGCCUGACUGGACCCUGCCCCCAGGGUUGGAAGAGCAGCAACACCCUGCGCCACUGCUAUAAGGUGUUCCACUUCCCCGAGCUGGACCAGAAGCUCAGCUGGCUCCAGGCGAACCUUUUCUGCAGGAAGCACGGCGCCCACCUGCUCAGCAUCGGCAGCUAUGAGGAGGAGCAGUUUGUCUCGCGGGUGCUCCACGAGACCUUCGGGGAGUCUGAGGACCUUGAGCAGCACUGGUUCUGGAUUGGGUUGAACCGCAGGAACCCCAUGGACAAGGGCAGCUGGAAAUGGAGCGAUGGACUCGGAUACUCCUACAACAACUUUGGCCGCUACUACUACGAGUAUGAUAUUCGGCAGUGUGCAGUGGCUGACCUGGGAACCAUGCAGUGGUUGGCAAUGCAGUGUGAGUCUGAGCUGGAUUGGAUCUGCAAGAUUCCCAAAGGAACCGAGGAGAAAGAGCCAGAGGUUGUUGAAGAGUCUGGCAGUAAGGAGUGGGUGACGUUCCAGCAGGCGGAUUACAAGUUCUUCGACCACCGCUCCACCUGGGACCAGGCCAAGCGCAUCUGCACCUGGUUCGAGGCGUCUCUGGUGUCCGUGCACUCCCCAGAAGAGCAGGCCUUCCUCACACAGCACCUGCGCAAGAUGUCCAAGGUGGAGGGGCAGCACUGGUGGCUGGGGCUGCACACCAAUGGCAACGAUGGGCGUUUCCGCUGGGCAGACCACUCUGUACUCAACUACGUGUCCUGGGCACCUGGGAGGCCACGGCCAGUCAGCAGAGAUCGCAAGUGUGUCUACAUGACAGCCAGCAGAGAGGAGUGGGGUGACCAGAAGUGCAUGACGGACCUGCCCUAUGUCUGCAAAAGAGUCAAUGUCACUGCCACUCUCCCUCCAACACCAGCGUCCCCUGUCCCACCUGGGGGCUGUCCUGAUGGUUGGACACCAUUCCUCAGCAAGUGCUUCAAGGUGCACGGUCAUCAGGAGUCCAAGCGGGUCCCAUGGGCAGCAGCCAAGGCAAUAUGUGAGUCUCAGGAAGGCAGUCUGGCAGUGGUGUCCAGUCACUUGGAGCAAGCCUUCCUCACCAGCCAGCUGCCCAACAUCAGCUUCAACCUGUGGAUCGGGUUGUCGGACGCAGAGAGCCGCUUCCAGUGGGUGGAGCAAAAGCCCCUCACCUACACCAACUGGGCUCCCGGGGAGCCAUCGGGCCACAGAGACCUCAUGACCUCUAAGACUCCGGUGAACUGCGUGGUGGUGCUGCAUGGGAACCCGGAGAAGAAUGCGGGCAUGUGGGCGGCGCGAGGGUGUGAGGUGGAGCGGCAUGGUUUCAUCUGCCAGAAGAGCAGAGACCCAGCGGUGCCUGCGGGGCCGGACGCCUUGCCCCCCUCCGUGGUGAACCCUCAGUUCGGUGGGGUUACGUAUCGCGUGCUAACGAAGCGUCUGGACUGGGUAGGAGCACUGCACGUGUGUGAAUCUCUCAAUGCCACACUGGCCUCGGUGCAGAACCCCUUUCAGCAGGCCUACCUUACCAUGCUGCUCAGCAUCCUACGGAGCCCCGCCUGGAUUGGCCUCUACAAUAAUGAGGGGGCACGGAGCUAUACCUGGCUGGGCUUGGAUCAGGUGAGCUACAGCGACUGGCGAGAAGGCGAGCCCAGCCACACAAUAGGCUGUGGUUACAUGACACAAGAGGGCCAGUGGGCUCUGCUCCCCUGCGAAGCAAAAGUCGACACUGCCAUCUGUCAACUCAACACAGACUCUGCUCAGGAUCACCAGUGGAGCUUCCCUGGGCAGUGUCCUCAGUCGCUGGGUGACUGGGGCUGGGUGCCCUUCAGAAACAACUGCUACUCCUUCAACCUCCAGAAGCUCACACUGCACCACGUGGCAGAGAACUCCUGCAGAAAGGUUGGCGCACAACUGCUGUCCAUCCUCGAUGAGACAGAGAAUGGCUUUGUGUGGGAGCACAUCCAAGGGUACCAGGACCAGGCCCAUGGAGCCUGGCUGGGCUUGGACAUCAAGGGGGGCAGUAUGAAGUGGCCCGAGAGCACAGAGGUGCCAUACACCAACUGGGAGGUGCAGGACACCAACCUGACCACGAUGUCGGCAAAGACCUGUCUCUUAAUCCAGAGCAACACGGGCCUGUGGACCUCGGACCACUGCAAGAAUGGCACCCAUGGCACCAUCUGCAAGCGGCCACGGAGUGCUGAAGCAGCUUCUGUUGUGUCGGAAUCUGAGCAUCUCCCAACAAUGGUUGUGAUCGUGGUGACAGCGCUUGCUCUGGUUCUGCUCAUUGUGGGGGUGAUCUACCUGCACCGCCGGCGCACCGCAGCUUCGCGGGGGUCCUUCGAGGGGGCCCGCUACAGCCGCACCAACUCCAACCCCACGGAGCAGGCGGAGAAGAACAUCCUGGUGUCAGACAUGGAGAUGAACGAGCAGUCUGAGUAGCAGGAGGGAAGGAUAAGCUGCACGGACACGCACAGACACAGACGAAGAGUACGAACCGACGGACUGACGGACUGACUGAAGGUUGUCGUUUUUUAUGUUUCUUUGGAGAGACUGAAAGGCUGUGCAGAGCGCGGCAGACUCCAGUCUUGAAUGGACACCAAAACCCUACACCCAGCGCUGUGCCCCCGGCUGCAAAGAAAACGCCCAUCCAGACACACCCCUCCCCAUGCACAUCCAGCCACACAAGGCCUAAUGCUUCCAGCCAACCUCUUCUCACAAACUGAGACACAUUUUUUUUCCCCACUCUGUUGAAAAUGUUUAUCAUCCUGGACUUAAACACCCCACUGGAGGCCAAUUUACUUUCUGCAGCACCUCCAGACUGCUGGUCUACUUCGUGCAUCACAGCACCUGUAGGGCCCAGAAAACACAAGCCAAAAAUGAGUUUUUUCUGCAAGUAGGGCAGGUGUUGAUGCUAGGCUCAUUUGUGACAUCAGCACCGUGACAUCAGUCGACAGAGUUCAUAAGUGUGCAUUCUCCGGGUGUUGCUGCAGGCCUCUAAAUGAAGCAGCUGUUGUGUUUUGGAAUAUUGUGAAGGGAUGAAAACACCUCACCUCACCUGGUUACUUGUGUAACACAACAGUAUUCGUGCUUUGAAGUAGUCCGCCAGCCCCCACAUACAUUCUCUUAUCAUGACAGUCGUUAGGCAGGUCUGGACUGAGUUUGAGUGUGUCUAGACUCUACAAGACAGUGUGUCUAUACUAGCUGUACUAGGCAGAGCUGAAGAUCAGGCAGCGGAGGAUCUCAUGUCAGAUAAAAAAAGCCAGAUGGGAGAAUGGGAGAUAUAUGGACUGGCACCCGCUGUGCCCUGAAGCUCUCUGCUGCUGUUCAGUUUGCCACAGCAAAACGAUCACCCAGCUGCACGUUUCCUUUCCUUUUUAUCUUUGAACAUGUCUGUUA